AUGCUCGAAAUCGACAAGACCGAUUUCCGACAGCACUUGGAGUGGCUGGUGGAUCAGUUGGCCGCCGAUUCAGCUCCGUAUUUAGAGGAAAGACCUCGCUUUGCUCAUGGAGUCCUUGUCCUCACAGAUCACGGGAGUGGGGAAAUCAUGAAGGUAAACACUUUGACCGCUCAAACAAUUAAACUGUUUUACAAAGGUUGGCUCGUUAGCCAUUCUUUCCUUUUCCACUAAAAGUACAAAAAAAGGCAAUUCUAAGUACUUUCUGACCAAUAAAAAGAACGCUGUUUUGAUUACUUUACGUAAUUAAAGUAGCUUCUAAUUAUCUUGUACAAACAUUAUAACUACUUUUGCAACUAAAACAACUUCUAAACUAUCUUAUAUAAACAUACUUGCAGGCAUCGCUGAUAAAACAACUGGACCUCGAGAUCGACGAACAUCGUAUCUUCAGCACCCAUGAAGAGCAUCAGAAGGACGAGAUCCGAACUCAGACGGAUUCUGGAGUCAACUUCAAUCCCUCGUCUCCAGAAUUGGAUGACUUCACGCUGAGUUCACCUGUGCCUCCAGAAGGCCUCGAGAAGAACACAGAGCUGCCAUUUGUUCCCUUAUCAAAGUAUGUUAAGAAAACAGAGCCUCCAGUCGACCAAACGGGUGUUAAGAUGAUAAGAGUCGAGGAAAAUGUUUCGGAUCAAUCCCAACAUAAACAACAAGUUAUUGAUACUCGACAACAGUUAAGGUCCCCAGAGGUCACAACUCCCACGUUUAAUGACAGAAGAAGUACCAUUGAUGAACACAGAAGUACUGUUCAUGAUAGUACCACUAACGACAGGAGAAGUACCUUUGAUGAUCACAGAAGCACUGUUUAUGAGCAACAUAGUACUAACGAUGGAAGAGGUACUAUCGAUGACCAGAAUUAUAAUGUUCAUGAUCGAAGAGGAACUAAUCACCAUGAUACCACUGAUGGUCGGAGAAGCACCAUUGACGACGACUACAACAACUCUGUACAUUUCAAACAACUCAACGACAAUACUUAUUCAUCUACAAAACGAGAUUCAAACGCUUUUGAACAUCGACAAUCUGUUUCACAAAAUUACAGUCAAGACCAUAGGCCGUCUGUCAUCAGCAUACCUAGAAGCUCCAUAUCUCAUCAAGGAAACUAUGUCAUCACAGAGUAAGUCCACCACAGUGUCUGUAGCCGACAUUAAUGUAGUAGGGUAAAUGAAUACUGAAGUAUAAGACAGCCCAAGGCUUUCUGUCACGACUAUGCUUGAAUAUUGUUAUUCUAGGUAUUUUUUGACCAAUACAAGCUUUAAAACUUUUUAAUUAUAUUACUUUCAGUCCGGGCGACAUUGCCAUUCCAGCCCUCGUAGGAACCUACUACGAAAGACCUGAAUUCGUGCAUCGUUCCUUCCGAUCUCACGUUGAAGAGACAACGUUCCCCUCCAUCGACAGAUUCCGCACGGUACGGCAAGAGACUGUGAGUGUGUUCGACCAUCCUCGACGGACUCCAUUAACGUCGCCCAUGAGUCACUGUUCCUCAUCGACGCCGACGUUCACAUCGUUGAGUUCCUCGAUUCCAUCGCAACAAACCCAUCGUGAAGCGGAUUCAGAUGCCAUUGAGAAGGCGGUCAAGAUUCUACAGGAUUCUUGUGAAAUGCUAGAUGAGACUGCCGAGAGAAUCGCUGUAAGUUAUCUCAGGCUUCUGAAUGAGUUAUAAAUCAAAAUAACUUUAAUAUAAAGCAAGUAUAAAGGUCAAAAAAUCCGUAGAAUUUCUUUGCAAACUAUAUUUUCAACUUUUAACUUCUCUAUUCGCUUCCUUCUAAAAAAUACUACAAAAUUCAAAAGUAUUCGUCCAAAUUCCCCGUAGACCCCAAGUGUUAUGCACUUUUUGACCGAACUUUCAAUUUUGAGCUGUUUUUCGGCUGAAAUUCAUGACACUUUGAACGUGAUGUUGUUAUAACUUUGAUGAAUCUCUGGUCUUCUCUGUUGGGACACGUUUGUUUUAACAACUGUUUGUGUGCAAGUUCAUAGUUAAUAUAUGAUUCAGAAAUCAAGGUACAAAGACAGUCCACAUGGACAAUAUAAUUAAACAUGUGACCUGGUUUUGCAAAAACAUACUUUUGUUCAAAAAGUGAUAGCAAAACUCAACGAAUGUUUUUGGUAAAAGAUUAUUCUACGCACUUCUUGACCGAUUUAGAUUCUGAAUUUUGAGAUUUUUAAAAUUAAAAUAUAAAAAUAAAGUAAAUAGUAAAAAAUGAAAACAUUUUUUUGGUCUAUAAAUUCAUAGAACAGCUUCUUUUGUCUGAUUACCACUCCUUUUGUACCUCUAUUUACCUUUUGCCUCCGCUUCCAAAACUUACUAAACACAAAUAAACAAUAUCUAGCUACAACAACUCGUAAGACCACCUGUAAACAGGAUCUGUCGCCUGAACCGGCUUUCUAUUGUCAAAACGAUUUAUAUAAGCUUAACCAAAUUCAUCGACAAUCGUUUCAGAAUCGUCGACGAAAGAGUGAUUAUCCCAAAUACUCGCAACAAUACACUUCCGCCUUCCAAUUUCCGAGCGAACUCCGCGCCACUAAUUAUUGA